UAAAGUUCAGGGUCGUAAAUGUCAGCGCAAAUGAAACAGAUGCGGAACGCAACUGAAACUGAGGUUUCGGAUAUUGGGGGAUUACGCAGGGUUUUCGCAAAGUCUACAUUUAAUAGUGAAAAAUUUGCUAAGAAUGUAUUCAAAGAUGGAGAUGCAGCUACUAUCAGUAUGCUUGAUAAGCUUAACAUCAUGUCGACUGAUGCGUCCAGCAAGAUGAAACGUGCAGUAUUCGAAAAUUACAAAUUAUUCAUUAAAGCUGGUAAAGCUGCUAGCCAGUUAGAAAAUACAAUGCAUCAAAUACAUAAUGAAUUUACUGAAAAGCAGCGGGUAAUAAAUGCUCUUACCGAGGUAUCCUUAUUUGGUGAUAUCAUCACAGAUACAUGUUCAGAUCGUGCUGCCUCUGAUGUACAAGAUGAUGAAAAGUCUGGAAAUGUAUUACGCAGUGAAUAUGCUGGUAUUUCAGUCAGUCGUUUAGCGGAACUAGUUGAGGGUGCUUCAGUUUUAGUCGGUGAUUCAAGUCGUCGUGUUAUCUUCGAUGGAGAUUUGCGUGAAUUAAGUAUGAAUGAUUUUUCUUUUCUAUGUAUGGCUAGAGUGUUUGUACUCACAGAUACCUUGGUUAUUGCAUAUCAUAGUCAAUCUGGUCUAUCUUAUCCAUAUCGUCUUCAGACAACAUAUGAUCUAAAUAAUUUUGCUGUUGCAAAUUUUCCUACUGCUGGUGACCGACAGCAAAAUCCUCCUCCUAAUACAUUCAAAUUGUUAGUAUUCCCGUCGAAUCGUCUUUUUCAAGCAGAAACAGCUAGUGAUAAGUUGGCUUGUAUGCAACAGUGUAAAUUAUUUCCCAUUUUAGAAUUCUACAGUUGGGCAUUAGAUGAAACAGAGAAAUUCAGCCAUCAACUUCGUGUUCUUCUCAUUGACAGUCAUGCUGUAUCCUUUUAUUCAAUGGCGUAUGCUGCUCAACGGAUUAAAGCACAUUCUGAUAAGCUGACAGAACUACUCGGUGUUGAUAUUUCCUCUGCUCUUCAUCGAAGUUUAUCUCGUGCAUGGAAACGUGCUGCUGAAGAACAAUCACGUGUCCUGUGCGAAGCUGUUGAAAAUCGUGCUAAGCAAGAAACUUGGGAGACAUUGUCAAGUUUGCCUAAAGGAGAACAAGAGAAAAUCUCUUUGGAUUUAAUUGAAUUCGGUCUACUGAAUCAGUAUAGUUCAGCGGAUUAUGGUAUGAAAUUAACCAUGAGUACAUAUUAUCUUAUUCGAUCAUUACGUCAAUUUAUUCAAAGUGUUCAUCUACUCAAUUGUCCAGAUAUGGAUAUCAUCCUGGUAGCGUGUUUUAUACACAUGGUACACUCAGAACUUGGUUGUUAUGAACGUGUAUCACCUAUUGAUAUAUCUGAUCCAAUUAGACAAUCUAUCAUUUUGAUAAACAUCGAAUUUCUAAUCAAGUCCAUCAUGCCGAAAUUUAUUAAUCUGCUGAAUUGUUCUGAGAAUCCCACGAUUAAACAACUGAUAGCCCAGUUGAAAUCAACACUCCAGAGUAUUAAAGGUCUCGAAGAAGAUGAAGGCGACAGUGUAGUAGUCGACGGUGUCAAUGGGAAUCACAUCAACAGUAAUAAUAUGAUGAUGACAACACAAGAAGACUCAAUCUAAUGAAUUAAUUUUUGUGUUUUUCUUGCCUCGUCUUUUUUUAAAAUUGUUUUUUUUUCUGUUGCUUUAUUUUCAGAACGUAUAUAUAUAUAUGUUUUAUACUUUGACGUGAUAGACGUAUUUGUUGUCUCACUGUUUAUUUGUUUGUUUGUAUUUUUUCUUUUUUUAAUGCUUUCUUUGGUUGAUUGAUUCAUCGUCAACGGAUAACACGCAUUUUUCAAAAAAAAUAAUAAAUAAAUAUUUUCUAACCA